AUGUCAUAUACAUUUAAAGUUUCAAGGUCAAAUUAUAUUUCUCAUUUCAAUCUUUGGGAUUUUCCAGGUUUCGCAUCAGAGGAAUCGGCUGACAAUCCACUUCCAGUUGAAAAAGAUGUAAACGAUGAUGUUGAUGUUGAAGGCUUUACAUCAGCAACUGAGAAUGUACCAGCAAAACAACAAAGAACGCCAAUUUCAAGGCCUGGUUUGAAUAAAAAAAGAAAGAUUAAUGAUGAUAUGUCAACAGAAGUACUUACUACAGUGCGCGACCACUUCAAAGCACCAAGGGAACAACCUGACCGUUAUGAUUUGAUAGGAAAAAUAGUUGCUGUGAGAUUGAGAAGUCUAGGUAAACGCCAGGCUCUCAUUGCGAAAAAAAAAAUAAAUGACGUGCUAUUUGAGGCUGAAAUGGGUUAUGUAAUUACAUCGCCAAUGGAUCAUUAUAAUAUAUCAGCAAGACAAAAUCCUUAUACCACACAGACGACACCGUCAACGUUUAUAGGUGCUUCAAUCAGCGAAACUCAAAAUAACGAACAACGGAACUGGACAAUCCCUCUACUCUCACAAUAACUUAGCAAUCUCAUGUAUUAACAAUUCUACUCCAAGUACCGUCAAUGUCAAGAAAGACACCUAGCUCAUUAGCAGAAAUUCAUUAUUCUGACAACUCAACACCUUCUUAUUUUAAUAAUCCAAUAGUUUUAAUAGUAAGUCCCACACUGUCAGAAAAUUAUUAUUCACAGAAUAGCUCAGCAUCCUCUUAUUUUUCUCAUUUUAGUGAUGUAUGAAGGAAUUAGGCAACAAAAAUGUAACUUAAAGUCGAUUCUUUGAUUCAAUUCGUUUUCUUUGUAAAAAUAAAAGCAGUUUUCUAGUAAAACA